AACAUGGCGAGUGGACAGAGAGCCUUCGCUCAAAGAUUGAGCAAACAGUCUAAUGCAGAUGUUCGAAGACAGAUUGCAGCAGCCUCAAGUGGCCGAGACAUACCGCGUGGAGGGGGAUCCAGUGUGCGUAAUAGUGUACCAUUGUGCGAUGUGGUGGAUCCUGUAGAUUUUGAAGAUUUUCUCCAACAACACCAAGAACAAAUUGACCAUGACCCAAUUCGUCAUCUGUUGGAAUUCCCUGCAGAUGAUAUUGAAGUUGGAAUUAUUCCUCGUAAAUGUCGCACAGUUAGGCCAAUCAUACCAGAAGAAAAUGAGAGUGAACUUGACCCCUACAUCAGUGAUUGUAUUCAGAGUUAUACUUCAGACUGGGUAUUUGUCAAUAGGAGGUAUCAGCAGUACAGCACCAGCUGUGGUCUGCACGAUGGAGCACUAGAGCAAGCCACAGUGGUCCGAGCUACACCAAAGCAAGAAUUUGAGGUGGAUCUGGAAGAAGAAAUCUUUCUUGAAAAAGAUUCUGAUAAAGCAAGUACAUGUGUAUCUCAGCCUUUCUCAAACCAACCACCUCUCCCCUUACCUUCACAGCCUCCUCUAGCUGAAGACGAAGAUAUUUCCGACUCAUCAUUGCCACCUUCAAAUCGACAGUCUGUUAACCUUGGUGACACUCCUCGGGCUAGCUGGGCUAGUAGUGUGUUUGAUCUACACAACUCCCAGUCUGAUUCGCUUAUUGCUUCGCUUCUGGAUAGGGCACCAGCAGAUGAACUUGAUAGGCUGAAUGAACUUAAAAGACAUGAAAACAGACAAGAAGGACUCUUUGCUCUCUACCGAAUUCAGAAUGAGGAAGAUGUGAUUGAAAGAAGACUACCUGCUGAGACACCCAAACAGCACUUGGGACACAGAAUAUUAGUCAAGUGCUUGCAACUAAAACUAGAACUGGAAAUUGAACCUUUGUUUGGAAUCAUGGCACUAUAUGAUGCAAAAGAAAAGAAAAAGGUUUCAGAAAACUUCUGCUUUGACCUCAAUCCAGAGCCUUUUAAGAGAAUGCUUUCUUCUCACGUUCCAUAUCAAGACAUCUCAACUCUUAGUCGCUCCUGUAUUUUUAACAUCACUUACCCUUCCCCUGACCUGUUCUUGGUUGUUAAGCUGGAAAAAGUUCUUCAGGGAGACAUUAAUGAAUGUGCUGAACCGUAUAUGAAAGAUGAUAAAAAUCGAGAUAAGGUUAAAAGCAAUGCUGUGUCUAGCUGUGACAGGCUUGGGAAAUACAGAAUGCCAUUUGCAUGGACAGCUAUUUACCUGAUGAACAUCUUCAAUGGAGUUAACAGUUUAGACAGAGAUUCUGUAUCAAAUAAAGAUGGCAGUAGAUCAAAUAGCUUAGAUCGAAAAGGAAGCAACAACUCCUUGGAAAACUUCCGUAAGAAGUCAGCCGGAGAUUCUGGGUCAUUAGGUCGCCGAGGUUCUCUUGAAAGAAGGAGUGGGUGUGAGAAAAGAAGAAGCUGGUCACCUGAUGACUUUGGCUCAAGUUUAGACAACUUUCGAGCAGUGACGCUCACUGUGAACAGUUUUUUUAAACAAGAAAGUGAUCGUCUGAGAGACGAAGACUUGUACAAGUUAUUGCUAGAACUGAAGCGAUCUUCGUCAGUUUUAAAAAGACUCAAAUGUAUUCCAGGAACGUUAAAACUAGACAUAUCACCAUGUCCAGAGGAAGUCAGAUAUUGUCUGACAUCAGACUUAACUCGUCUUCAUCCUUACCCAGAUGAAAAAGGACGACCAACAAAAGAAUUGAUGGAGUUUCCUCCAAAGGAGGUUUUUGUGCCCCACUAUGUGUAUCAAAAUCUGAUGUUUGUUUAUCCAAAAGACUUGAACUUUACUAACAGGCCAGGAUCAGCUCGUAAUAUAGCUUGUAAGACUCAGUUCAUGGCUGGAGAAGAGGAACACUGUGCUCUGCCAGUUAUAUUUGGAAAGUCCAGCUGCCCCGAGUUUUCACAGGAGGCUUAUACAACUGUUACCUACCACAAUAAGUGUCCAAGUUUCUACGAUGAGAUAAAAAUUAAGUUACCAGCAAAACUCUCUGAGCAGCAUCAUCUUCUCUUCACAUUUUAUCAUAUCAGCUGCCAGAAAAAAGUUGAGCAAACACCGAUAGAAACUCCAGUUGGUUACACAUGGCUUCCGUUGUACAGAGAUGGACGGAUUCAAACCGGGGAACACAACUUGCCAGUUAUAAUGGAGAGUCCCCCAUCAAGUUACUGCUUUCUUUCACCCUCGGUGGAGAUUCCUAAUACAAAAUGGGUUGACAAUCAUAAAGGAGUCUUUAAUGUUGUAGUGGAAGCAGUGUCUUCUAUUCACGCCCAGGAUGAGUUUUUAGACAGGUUUCUACAUCUCUGUACAGCAAUGGAUGAAAAUUUGAUUCCCUCUCGUAUUGGUGAAGCAAACAUUGAAAAUGAACUGAAGAACAGCAUUUUAAAAAUCACCAAUUCUAACCCUGAACGUUUGGUUCAGUUUUUGCCCAUCAUUCUCAAUAAGCUCAUUUGUCUACUUGUACGACCACCGAUUGUAGCUGGCCAGGUCAUGAACAUUGGACAGACAGCUUUUGAAAGCAUUGCCAACAUUGUGAAAAGUCUUGUUGAUCUGUUGGAAUCUCAAAACGAUCAACAUGGAAGGAAUAAUCUAUUAACAACGUACAUCCAUUACCAGUGUACACUUCCCCAUCUUGACAUGUAUCCUAUGAGUGGUCACGUAACUAUAAGUGGAGGCUACAGUACUGGGGGAAGACCAAUCUCUCUACCACCACAGAGAUUAUAUCAUGAGCGAAGCAGUAGCAACCCAGAUAUUGCUUCAUUUGCUGAAGCUGACUUGGAAGUUGGAAACAUUCUGAAUCGACAUUUAGACAGAACAGGAAGUAUGAGGAGCGCCAUCUUGGGGCAAGAUAGUGCAAUCUAUUCACUUUCAAAGUCUCACACACGGAAGAUUGUUCACGAGGAAUUAGCAUUGCAGUGGGUAGUGUCAAGUGGAUCAGCUCGAGAAUUGGCUUUGUCCAAUGCUUGGUUUUUCUUUGAGCUAAUGGUGAAGAGUAUGAAUGAGUACUUAGCUUCCUCGGGACGGCUGGAAGUUCCAAGGAAAAUGAGAUUUAGUGAACAGUUUAUGGAUGAUAUCUCAACAUUGGUGACUACAAUGACUUCAGACAUCAUUAGCCGCUAUAAUCGAGAGGUGAAAGACAUGAAAUUCAUCCAAGGUUUAAAUACUAGUCUGGCCUUUUUCAUGUUUGACUUGCUGUCCAUCCUAGACCGAGGUUAUGUAUUGCAGCUAAUCAAGACUUACUGUAAACAGAUGGCAGCAAAAAUUUCAUCCUUUCCUGAUGCUGGACAUUUGAUUUCUCUAAAGCUGGAGUUUCUGAGAAUUAUUUGUAGUCAUGAGCACUUUGUGACUCUUAAUCUUCCAUUUGCCACACCUCUUACUCCCUCACCUACUACUUCUCCUACUCCAAGUGUUGCUUCAUCAACUUCACGUAGUUCUUUUGCCUCCAACAGUACAAUUGCUGAGAAAGGAAGUUUUGCAGAACUCUCCACAGAGUUCCGACAUCAGCACUUUCUGGUGGGAUUAGUACUCUCUGACCUUGCCACAGUCAUGGAACUGAAUAACCCUGCUGUCCAUGCUAAAGCAGUCAACACUGUCCGUAACUUGUUGACCAGUCAUGACUGGGACCCUAGGUUUGUGGAGCCAGAGGUCAAAGCUCGAGUUGCAACUUUAUACUUGCCUCUAGUUGGAAUUGUCAUGGAUUCUCUGUUUCAGCUUUAUGAUUGGCCAACUGAGAACAGAGGUCGACCAGUUUCAAUAAGUGAAGAUGGUGGUGACCAAAAUUUAGCCACCUUUCCCCAAUCUGUUGCUAAUGCAAUUGCCAGCUCAGGAGUCUACACUAGAGGCUCUGCAGGGGGUGGGAUGAUCUCUCACUAUGACCCAUGCCAACAGUCAAAUCGAAAAUGCCAGUUGAAAGAAGAGACUACUCGUCACUUGCUGAUGUGUUUCCUUUGGAUCAUUAAAAACACCGAUAAGACAGUUUUACAACAAUGGUGGGCUGAGUUGCCAUACCAUCGUCUUCAGCAGCUUCUGGAAGUACUUUUGAUAUGUGUUUCCUGCUUUGAGUAUAAGGGGAAGAAAGCCCUUCAAAAAUAUCGACAACAAAGCCUGCGGAAGACAUCAGACAUGAAGUCUAAGCUUGAGGAAGCUAUACUUGGACAUAGUUGCAGUGCACGUAGUGAAAUGAUGAUGAGGAGAAAAGGUGAGAAAAACCCUCCUUCUCCAAAUCCCUACCAAGGAGAUAAGCUUCGUUGGAGAAAAGACCAAGUACAGUGGCGACACAAUGCUGAACAACUUGAAAGACCAAAGGUAGAAGUUGAAACUGAAGCCCAUAUUGAAGCAAACCUUUCUACAGAAGUCAACAUGAUUAUUUUGGAUACACUCGAACUCAUUGUUCAGGUUGUGGUCAACUCAGAUUCUCUCCCGGGGCUCCUUGGGGUAAUUCUGCGGGUUCUUUUGCAUGCCUUAGGAUGUAACCAGAGCACCACGGUGCUACAGAAUAUGUUUGCAACCCAGCGAUCUUUGGUUUUCAAGUUUCCUGAACUUCUCUUUGAAGAAGAAACAGAACAAUGUGCAGACUUGUGUCUAAGACUUCUGAAACACUGCAGCUCAUGUAUCAGCACUGUCCGUUCUCAAGCCUCGGCUUCUCUCUACCUUCUGAUGAGGCAAAACUUUGAGAUUGGAAAUAACUUUGCAAGAGUGAAAAUGCAGGUGACAAUGUCGCUGAGUUCAUUGGUUGGAACCAAUCAGAACUUUAAUGAAGCAUAUCUACGUCGGUCAUUAAAAACCAUCCUGGUGUAUGCAGAAAGUGAUUCAGAACUUCAGGAAACUACUUUUCCAGAACAGGUGCGGGAUUUGGUAUUCAACCUGCAUAUGAUACUCUCAGACACAGUAAAAAUGAAGGAGUUCCAGGAAGAUCCAGAAAUGUUGAUGGACCUGAUGUAUCGGAUUGCUAAGGGUUACCAGAACUCUCCUGAUUUGCGACUUACUUGGCUAGCAAACAUGGCUCAGAAGCAUACUGAGAGAUUUAAUCAUGCAGAGGCUGCACACUGUCUAGUCCACUCAGCAGCUCUGGUGGCCGAAUAUUUACACAUGCUAGAAGACAAACCAUAUCUUCCAAUAGGGUGUGUAAGUUUCGAGUCCCUGUCAUACAACAUUCUCGAGGAAAGUGCUGUAUCAGAUGACAUUUUGUCCCCUGAUGAAGAAGGAAUUUGUACUGGAAAGUAUUUUACUGAGAAUGGUCUCAUUGGUUUGCUGGAACAAGCUGCUAGUUCUUUCUCUCUGGCAGGAAUGUAUGAGGCAAUGAAUGAAGUCUACAAAAUCCUGAUACCAAUUGCCGAAGCUCAUCGAGAUUACAAGAAAUUGGCUAAUAUUCACAGCAAACUUCAUGAGGCUUUCACCAAAAUAGAUCAACAGACUGGAAAGCGUGUUUUUGGCACCUACUUUAGAGUGGGGUUCUAUGGCUACAAAUUUGGAGACUUGGAUGAAAAAGAAUUCAUUUACAAGGAACCAACCCUGACCAAACUACCGGAGAUAUCUCAUCGCUUAGAGAAUUUUUAUGCAGAAAGGUUUGGAGCUGAAUAUGCAGAGGUCAUCAAGGACUCCAACACUGUUGACUCAUCAAAACUAAACCCAGAAAAAGCUUACAUUCAAAUAACCUACGUGGAACCUUAUUUUGAAAUGUAUGAAGAAAGAAACAGGGUGACUUAUUUUGAAAAGAACUAUAAUAUCAAUUGUUUUGUGUAUGCCACACCCUUCACUCCGGACGGUAGGGCACAUGGGGAUCUGCAUGAACAGUUUAAGAGAAGAACCAUUCUAACUACAGAAAACAGUUUUCCUUAUGUGAAGACCAGGGUUCAGGUUACUAAGAGAAAACAGGUUGUCCUCACACCUAUAGAAGUAGCCAUAGACGACAUCAGGAAGAAGACCAAGGAACUGGCCAUUGCAACUUGGCAAGAACCAGCUGAUCCCAAGAUCUUACAGAUGGUUUUGCAAGGAUGUAUUGGAACUACAGUGAACCAGGGUCCAAUGGAAGUUGCUAUUGUAUUUUUGUCUGAUCUUGUUGAUGGAACCAAAACACCAACACCUUUACAAAACAAACUUAGAUUAUGUUUCAAGGACUUUUCAAAAAAAUGUAGUGAUGCCUUAAGAAAAAAUAGAAAUCUUAUUGGUCCUGACCAACGAGACUACCAGAAAGAACUGGAGCGUAACUAUCAGCGUUUCACUGACCGUAUAGCACCAAUGUUAAGAAACAAUGGAACAGCUGUACUUAGAGCAGGAAGCAGAGAUAGUCAGGUAGAUCCACGACAGAAGACAAGCCCCAUGGUGUGAGAGAAGACAGAAUACUCAUCUGUGAAAUGCUGUCUAGAAUUAAAAAACAAAGUAUUAUUUGUCAGUGUGUUGAGGAUAUAAUCUUUUGUAUAAGCACUUGAACAUCUGUUUCGGUUUCUCUAUAAACAUUGAAGCCAUGAUGAAAAUAGAUGGGUCAUAUUUGUAUAUAUAUAUGACUUUGCUUUUAAUGAUAUUAUCCACAAAAGAACUAUUUGUUUUUAGAUUUAAGAUGCUUGAAGCAAUUCCCACCAAUUGCUGUAUUUUUAUACUUGAAUGAUACUAUGUAAUUAAAUUAUUGAUCGUGAUAGUUUUAUUAAUGAUUUUAACCAUUAUUAGAGUUUCUUACAGAUGUAGAAACUUUCAACAGAUACAUAUCUAAGUUCCUUAGUGGUGUCAUAAUGAAAAUUACCUUUGUUGGAAGUGUAUAUGCUAUAUUUCUUGAGGUAUGGAAAGGACCUCGUAGAAUUCCUCCUACACAGUCGACAUGAAACCUUCCGUUAAUCUAAAAUUGUGACAGAAUGUAAUGUUAUUGGAUGUCUUCCUGUAAAACAACACUGUUUAGUUUUGUCAUAUAACAUUUAUUGUGUGUUAAGAUUGUGGUGGAAUAAGGGACUAGAACAUUUUAACAUGUACUCAUCUAGUCUUUUCUCUCUCUCUCUGUGUUUAUAAUGAUGUUUGAUGCGACUUCCGAGUCUUAUGAUAUGGAUGAAGGUGUUUGGUUCUACAAAAUGGUUUAACUUGUAGUACAUCUUGUGUGACAAACAAAUUGAAAACUAAAGAAGGGUUAUGAUCACUUAAUAUUACAUCAGAAGAGGGUUUUAAUUACAGGUGUUUUGAUGUAUUUAAAUAUUUGUGUAGUUUUGGUCUUUUCUGUAUUUAUUGUUUUUGUUUCACCAGUGUUGAUGAAAAUCAGUGAGAACUAAUUUGAAGCGUAUUCACUAAAAUAAAACAUAAUUAAUGUGCCUGAUAUUCAUCUUUCAAGAAGAAUGAUAUAUUUUAACAGCAGAAGUUAAAGAUGUUUAGACUUUCAGAGAACUUGACAGUGAGAAAUGAAACAUAAUCAUGUUUUGUUAUUGGCAUCCUUUAUAAUAAUAUGUUCUUAAAAAUGGGUCAGAGUUGGCCUGUAAUUAGUUCCAAGUACAUAGUUCUCAUAGGUCAGGGUUGGCCUGAAAUUAGUUCCAAGUACAUGGUUCCCAUGGGUCAAGGUUGGCCUGUAAUUAGUUCAAAGUACAUGGGUCAGGGUUGGCCUGUAAUUAGUUUCAAGUACAUGGUUCCCAUGAGUCAGGGUUGGCCUGUAAUUAGUUCCAAGUACAUGGUUCCCAUGGGUCAGGGUAGGUCUGUAAAUAGUUUCAAGUACAUGGACCAGGGUUGGCCUGUAAUUAGUUCCAAGUACAUGGUUCCCAUGAGUCAGGGUAGGUCUGUAAAUAGUUUCAAGUAUGUGGUUCUCAUGGGUUAGGAAAACUGGCAGAAGUUGGUUAAUUUUAUAUUUUGUGUUCCUGGUCUAGAAAACAUCAAGAAAUUUCACCUUACAGACAAAACCCAGGAAAAGUUGGUGAAUGUCAUAGGAUUUGGUGAUGCUUCUAAGACACGGAUGAAAAAACAAUUAAUUAUCAUUAGCUCAAAAAAAUUGCAUAUAAGCUAUUUCUAAUGCACUUAGUGCAUCAUUAUGCAUAUUAUAUUCGGAAACUCUUGUCUACAUCAGUCUUUUUGUUUAUCGUUACUUGUCAUGAAGUAUGAAGGCAGUGGUAAUAGAUUAUGUAAACACAUGCUAGGUUCCUGCUUAAACAGAGUGUGAUGGUUCUGAACAAGGCUUUGUCUCGUAUCUCUAAACGUCAUACAGUAUAAUUUUACUACAGGCUAAAAACACUUGACAAAUUACUGUUUUCAUUAAAUAAGUUAUUUUGAUCAUAUAAAUUUUAGUGCAUUAAUAAAAUAGCCACCAUUCCAUGUCAUCAGUCUUACCAAAAACAAGUAAUACCCUGGCUGUAUUAUGUCAGUAACAAAUUUGUUUAGGAAAAAUUUAAAAGACGUCUAAACAAAAACGAACAGUUUGGUUAUUUAGGUAAGUCCUGAUAGUCCAAAGAUAGAACAAAUCUACACAGUUUUAGUGAGUUUUAUUUGAUACCUGUACUUAUAUUUAUUCAUUUAAUCAUCAGAAAUAACUGUAAUGAUUAUAUAUAAUAAUAAUAAUAGUUUUGUUUUAAUUCCUUAUAAAACAAAAUAUACAUCACUAAGCAUUGCCUACAUCACACAACUUCAUGAUGCAUAGUACAAUAUAGGGAGGGGUCAUUGAUAGGCAAUAUCUCCAAGAGACAGGUAGAAUAUCAUCAGUGACAGUUAAGGAAAUCUAAAUAAAGCAAAAUAUGGAUGGCAAAGCAUAAUAUCAGUAAUUUGAAGAUACGUUUUGGAAAAAAUUCUGAUUACAAAAAUAUUAAAACAUAGAAUGUUUCAUUGACUGUAUCUAAUAUGUCUCACGUAAGGGUUUUAGAUAAUGUGGCACUAAUUAUUAUCCAUGAAUAUUUGUAGAAGCAGCUGAACCUGAGGCAGAGUAACAGAAUAUAUCAUGUUUACUUAAUAAUAUAUAUUUUAAUUAAUACAUCCUGCUCAUUUACUAAUCUAUAAUGUAACAAAUACAUCCUGCUCACUUAAUAAUCUAUAAUGUAACAAAUACAUCCUGCUCACUUAAUAAUCUAUAAUGUAACAAAUACAUCCUGCUCACUUAAUAAUCUAUAAUGUAACAAAUACAUCCUGUUUACUUAAUAAUCUAUAUUUUAAUUAAUACAUCCUGUAAUUAAAUGCAUCUGAUACCCGAGUAAUAUAUUAGGAAAUUUUUCUGUUUGUUAACCAACAAACAAGAUGCUAGGGACAGGAAAGAAUAAAGACUGAAUGUAAAGAUGAGCAGGCACAACUUGACAGAAUUGGAUUAAUAGUUUUGGUAUUGCUUUAAAACUAUGGACUCUCAGACCACGGUAUGUCCUUGAGGUGCAGAUAUUAAUUAUGGAGAUUGUGUCAUGGGAGUGUUGUCGAGUAUGAGUGAUGUGUUAGUGUUUGUCGUUGUGUCUAAAUCUAAAGAACAUACUAGAAUCAAAGUAGAGUGAGCACUUUUAGUAAAAGUUUUUCAUGGUAACAGUUUUUAGUUAAUGUUACAAGUAACAUUACAUAAGAACAAAAUGAAAAACUUGACACUUGAGUGGUGUGAUACAGUAUCACUGUCAGUUACGAACAUGUUUGCGUACAGUAAGACUCGUAUCUGUGCCAGUUACCAUAGCCUUUACAAGCAUGAUUGUACAUCAUGAUGGUAUAAAAUUAUAAUGUAAUUAUAAACAUUGAGGGUGUUUUAUCAGCAGGUCUGAUUCUGUGUAUGAAGUGUCCUAAAUGUAAGAAUAGAAUUUACAACUUCGUUAUUUAUCUCGUGAACAAACAAAACUUGCGUAAACUUGAAAAUACUUUCAAUAUCGCGACUGAUCGAUAAAUAUAUAGUCAGUAUUUUUAAGACAGAUGAAUUUUCAAAGCACCUACAAAAAUAAUACAGUGUCUUCUGGAUCAGUGGAUGAUUUUGUUAACACGUGCAGUUGUUUUAUGAAAUAUCAGAAAUAUGAGUUUACUGCGGCAUAUGGUUAGCAAAUGAAAGUUUUGUGCAUGUGUGCACACACAUCGGAAAUGUUGCUUCAAUAAAUACUUGACAUACGAGAAGUGUGUUUGCUAAAGAAUGUUCCAUAAGUAUUCCUUCCAUGUAUUAAAAGUUGAAAUGUAGUAAUCACAAUUGUUAAAAUAUAUAGUGUUGUUUACCGUGUAAUAAUGUUUUUGUGAUUUAAAUUUAAAAGUUUAAUUGGUAUUUAAUAUCAUAAACAAAUGGAUAUACUGCCAUUUGUUCUCAAUGCUCUGAUAAAGUAACAAUAACUCAAGAAUUGCAUGACUGAUGAUAUUGAAACUUUGCAAGGUGAAAUUUCAGCAAACUGUGGCUCUUAACAUACAGCCUCUUUUUUUCAUUAUAAAACAAUUUAGGAAUUUCAUGUAUUAUUCAUGUAAUGAUACGUUACAAACAUACAUGAAGCAGUCAAGGAAUAGCAUGUUUUGAUGAGGGAAGGGUGUUGUAAAAGUCAAGGAACUUCAUUCUUCCUAAGGUGUGGGAACCAUUGAGAUUGAUGCUGUUUGUUUGUUUUGUCAAGUUCCUGUAGUUUACCUUUACAGUAAUUUACAGAUGUAAAUUAUAUUAGCCAAUAAAAAAAAACAUGCCUUUAGUAACAAUGUGCCACCUUAGAAAUAGUAAAACAUAUCUCUGAAAUCUUGAAGAACUACUACCUUCUGGUUCUAAAUAAUGGAAGAGAAGUGACAUUAGAGCAUUUCAUUACCACAUCAUUAAACUUGACAGAGGAAAAAAUGUGUAAUUUUUAAAUAAGUUGUAUUCACUCAAAAAAUAACACAUAGAUUGUUGUAGUCAGGCUAAAGUUGAUGUAAGUUUUGAUACAUGUUGUAAUGUGCUACUUUUAGUAUGUAAUUUCUGUUUUAAAAUUAUGGUUAUAUAUAAAUAGUUAUUCAGCUGCUUAGGUCUAAAGUAUUAAGUAUUUUCUCUUAUAUUUUACACAAUUUAAGAUUUUAAACGUUCUGUUUAUAACUUAAAGAUUUUAAUAUUAGUAUUUAUUUUAAGCAGUUAACCAAUUGGAACUCAAAAUUCACUUUAAGAUAGCUCUAUAUAAGGAAACAUAUGUUAGCUGAGUUCUUGCACAAAUCUUAAAAUAUAAUGUUGAUAAACGGAAACAUCGGCACAUGUAGAUAUGUAGAUCUUGAAAGUCGAGUUGUUCAAAACUUGAAAAUAGCAUUGAUAACUGGACCAAUUGUUGGUUGAGAUGUUACAAAAGAAAUAUCUGCUGAAGCUUUUAGCCAGACACUAAUCAUAACAUAACAGUCUGAAAAACCAUCUCAUUUUAUAAGCUGUACUAUUUCCUAUAGAUCAUUUUCCAGAUGGUUCUACUACUCGACUUUCAAGAUCCACGUAUCUGCAUGAGCCGAUUUAUGAACGUUAUAUCUUAAUAUAUGUGCAAGAACUCAUUUAACAGAUGUUUCCGUGUAUCAAAGCUAUCUUCAAGUUUUGUACGACAAAAAACCUUUUCAAAAAUUCAUUUUGCAUAUCUUUAUUCCAUCUUGGGGGUGUGAACGUUACUAAAACUUCUAUUUAACCCUAAUUUCUUCUUUGUUCAUUUGUGGACUUUUUUUUUUCAAUACCUGUAUUUUAAUUAGGUUGUAUAUAGCAUUGUUUAAAUAACGUUUUUUAAGUUACAACUUUAACUAUUUUGUCACUGAUAUUAAUAACAACAUAUGAACGUUAUCUCCUUUAGAGGGAAGUUUUAUAUUUUACAAUUACAAAACAAUUUAGUUCACCUGAAUCUGGAAACAGAAAUCAGUAAGACAUAGUUCAGCCAAGUGUAAGAACAGAGGUUAGAAAGACAGUUCUGCUAAGUGUAAGAACAGAAAUCAGUAAAACAUAGUUCUACUAAGUGUAACAACAGAGGUCAGUGAGACAUAGUUCUGCUAAGUGUAACAACAGAAAUCAGUAAGACAUAGUUCUGCUAAGUGUAAGAACAGAAAUCAGUAAGACAUAGUUCUACUAAGUGUAACAACAGAGGUCAGUGAGACAUAGUUCUUGCGAGUGUAAGAACAGAAAUCAGUAAGACAUAGUUCUACUAAGUGUAACAACAGAGGUCAGUAAGACAUAGUUCUGCUAAGUGUAACAACAGAAAUCAGUAAGACAUAGUUCUUGCAAGUGUAAGAACAGAAAUCAGUAAGACAUAGUUCUUGCGAGUGUAAGAACAGAAAUCAGUAAGACAUAGUUCUACUAAGUGUAACAACAGAGGCCAGUAAGACAUAGUUCUGCUAAGUUUAACAACAGAGGUCAGUAAGACAUAGUUCUGCUAAGUGUAACAACAGAAAUCAGUAAGACAUUGUUCUGCUAAGUGUAAGAACAGAAAUCAGUAAGACAUAGUUCUUGCAAGUGUAAGAACAGAAAUCAGUAAGACAGUUCUUGCGAGUGUAAGAACAGAAAUCAGUAAGACAUAGUUCUACUAAGUGUAACAACAGAGGUCAGUAAGACAUAGUUCUGCUAAGUGUAACAACAGAGGUCAGUAAGACAUAGUUCUUGCAAGUGUAAGAACAGAGGUCAGUAAGACAUAGUUCUACUAAGUGUAACAACAGAGGUCAGUAAGACAUAGUUCUGCUAAGUGUAGGAAUAAAGAGAGAUAAGUAAUACCUAAAAUUUCACUUUCAGUCAUCCCAUAACACAACAUCUAAGUUCUGUGUAAAUAUAAUUAUAUUUAGUUUAAUUGAAUUUAUAUGCCAGCUUUUAAUUAUUUCGUUUACAUUUUCUACAAAUACUGUAUGUUUGUUACUAGUCCUGCUUCAAUAAUAAAAAAGACAUUUGUAAAUG